AUGGUCACCUCGAUACACAACUUUUUGACCGUUUCUCUCGGCCUGGCCGCCCUCGUAAGAGCGCAGUACGAUCCUGCGCUCGUAGGAACAUGGACAACCAAGUCGAAGAAAGUCCUGACAGGCCCAGGCUUCUACGACCCUGUCGCCGAUAGACUAAUCGAGCCCGAACUUGCUGGGAUUUCCUACUCCUUCACCAGCGACGGCUACUAUGAAGAGGCUUACUAUCGAGCCAUUCCAAAUCCAACAACACCACACUGCCCCUCCUCUAUCAUGCAGUGGCAGCACGGCACCUACUCCCUACCAGGAAAUGGCAGUCUAGUCCUACAACCCUUCGGCGUGGACGGCCGCCAAUUGACUUCUGCGCCCUGCUCCUACGACGAAUCAGUGUAUAUCCGCUACGAACAACCAGAGCUGAUGAAAUCGUACUCGGUGUACACGGACCCUUUCCACAACGUACCUCGUCUCAAUCUGUUCAAAUUCGACGGCUCCCCCAUACAGCCCAUGUACCUGGCUGCCUCACCGCCGCAGAUGCUGCCCACACAGACGUUGAAUCCGACGAGCGCACCCAGCGCCACUGGUAAGAGUCGCGUAAAGAGAAUGGAUGGAGGAGACGGUGAUGAGGCCCAGGAAAGGCUGGAACCCACGAACAAGAACGCUAUCAUCACACCUAAAGAACCUUAUAAUGCCGAUCGUUGGUGGUGGAUUGGUGUUGGAUUCACCGCGAUUGGGACUGUCAUGUAUAUGAUGCCCACGUCGUUGUAA